AUGGAAAGUUUAUCUAUUCAAUUGAAUGAUUUACCUAAUGAAAUUCUUUUGAUUAUUUUGAAAAAAUUGCCCAAUAUUGAUGUACUCUAUUCUUUAAUAGGUGUUAAUAAACGACUUGAUACUAUUGUGCAAGAUUCAAUUUUUACAAGAUAUUUAACAUUUAUGACAUCUUGCAAUGAUUUAAGUCCAAUUGCUGAACCAAUACUUAAUCAAUUUUGUGCCGAAAUUUUACCUAAAAUUCGUCAUAAAAUUUUAUGGCUCGAUCUUGAACCAUCGUCUAUGGAUCGUAUUCUUCUUUCAACAAAUUAUCCUAAUUUAUGUGGACUGGCUUUAUACAAUCUUAUAUCAGAAAGAGCGAGAGAACUUUUUUCUAAUAAAAGUUAUUUAAUUCGAAUUUUCAAAAAUCAAUUAUCAUCAAUUGUUAUUCAUAUUAAUAAAUGUCAAGAAUCAACAAGUUCAAUUAAAGAUACAAAUAUAUUUAUAUUUACACAAAUCUUUACAAUGUUCAAAAAUUUACAAUAUUUGAAUUUUAGUCCAUUUAAUGGUUCUAAUUAUCAUCGAUUAACAUUUGGUGUAUCACCUCCAAAUAUAUUAUCUUCAACUUUAUUACAAUUACGUGUCGUCAUUGACUCUUAUGAAGAUUGUCUUUAUUUACUUGAUGGUCGUUUUAAUCAACUUAAUACAAUCUAUGUUACCAUUUGUUUGUCAAAGGUACCUACGUUAUCAGUGAUCAAUAAUAAAAAAAAACUUCCAAAUUUGAAAUGUUUUCAAUUAACUCAUAGAUCUAUAUUAUCAGUCUAUAAUAAUAUUCUUAUUCCACUAUUACAUCGAAUGUCAAAUUUAGAAGAACUUGAUUUAUAUUUUGAUAGUUUUAAUGCAGAAAUUAUUGAUGGUUAUAAUUUGGAAGAAAAUAUUUUGAAUUAUAUGACAAAAUUAAAAAAAUUUCAAUUUAAUAUACGUUCAAUUAUUCCUUUUAAUAAUCAAGUUAAUUUACCAUCAAAUAAUGCUAUUCAAAAUACAUUUAAAAAUUUUAAAAACUCUAAAAUUAUUUCAUGUAUUGAUUGUCUUCCAAAAGAAAAUCAAUUUCAUUGUCAUAUUUAUUCAUAUCCAUAUGAAUUGAUAUAUUAUAAUUAUAUAACAAACAAUUUUCGUGGUGGAUUAUUUAAACAUGUUUAUAAAAUAUCAUUAGUUGAUGAACUUCCUUUCGAACAUGAAUUUUUUUCUUCAAAUUACUAA